AUGUACAGUUUCGAUAAGGACCUGUGGCACGUGCGUGCGCGUGCGCCAUCCGACAUGCAGGAGGAGAAGAUGGAAGAGCACCGCAGCGAGAGUCCCACUAGCGCAGUGGGCGCGGAGGCCCCGCGCGAGCUCCCCAAUGAACUGUCAGCGCCUUAUGAGGUGCCCCAGUUCCCUAUAGAACAGAUAGAGAAAAAACUUUUGAUACAAAGGCAACUGAAUGUCAAGGCAGCAGAAUGUGGGCAGUCAGCCCGAUCGUUUGCGGGCAGCGAGGCUGGUGGUGCUGCUGCGGUACUUGAAGAGGCGGCCAGACUGAGAGGAGAUGAUGAUGACUUUGAUGUCAUCCUCCCGCAUUUUCAGCGGGUGGCUAUCAGUGGGGAGGACACUUCUGGAGUUCCUCUAGAAGAUUUGCAGCAGGCAUCCUCAUACCUGGUGCAAGCUUUGGAGAUUCGCAAACGUUACAUGGACAUGUCCCAGCAGAGCUUCUCCAGCAUCACUGCGAGGUUCCUCAAGAGCAUGGACACUGAAGCUGCUGCCAACCACGCACCCAAGGUGAAGUUAGCACGAAAUCACAUAGCCGACCACAUUGUCCAUCCUCCAUUUAAAGACAACAAAGACCCUUGGGAAGGCCCAACUCCCGAAGCAAAGAACUACCUCAUCAGAUCAGACAAUGGGGUGUUCAAUCUGUACAGGAAGACUGAAGAGGGGGAGGAAAGAGUACCCUACCAGUACAUCAACCUGGCUCAGUACAUCCAGGACAAGAACACUAUGUGCAAUAUGAUUGCUGACGGACCAUUGAAAUCGUUCUGCUACCGCCGCCUCAGCUACCUAUCCAGCAAGUUCCAGCUGCACGUGUUGCUGAACGAGCUGCGCGAGCUCGCCUCGCAGAAGGCUGUGCCCCACCGGGACUUCUACAAUAUUCGAAAAGUGGACACUCACAUCCACGCAGCUUCUUGCAUGAACCAGAAGCACCUGCUGCGCUUCAUCAAGAAGACGUUGAAGAACCAUGCAGAUGAGGUGGUGACGCUGCACAAGGGCACGCCGAUGACGCUGAAGGCGGUGUUCCAGUCCAUGAACCUCAGCACGUACGACCUCACCGUGGACAUGCUCGACGUGCACGCGGACCGUAAUACUUUUCACCGUUUCGACAAGUUCAACGCCAAGUACAACCCCAUCGGCGAGAGCCGCCUGCGCGAGGUCUUCCUCAAAACUGACAACUUCAUGAAUGGAAAAUACUUCGCUAGGAUCAUUAACGAGGUGGCGUCGGACCUGGAGGAGAGCAAGUACCAGAACGCGGAGCUGCGGCUGUCCAUCUACGGCAAGAGCGCGGGCGAGUGGGCCAAGCUGGCGCGCUGGGCCAUCGCCUACGACGUGCACUCUGACAACGUGCGCUGGCUCAUACAGAUACCGCGCCUAUAUGACAUCUUCAAGUCCAACAAGAUCAUGAACAACUUCCAGGAGUUCCUCAGCAAUAUCUUCCAGCCGCUGUUCGAGGUCACCAAUGAUCCCAACAGCAACCUUGAACUGCAUAAGUUUCUUACUCACGUGGUCGGGUUCGACAGCGUGGACGACGAGUCCAAGCCAGAGAACCCGAUGCUGGACGCGGACGUGCGCUUCCCGGCGCAGUGGGACGACGAGGAGAACCCGCCCUACGCUUACUACCUCUACUAUAUGUACGCCAACAUCACCGUGCUCAACCACUUCCGCAAAGAACAAGGGCUGAACACGUUCGUCCUGCGGCCUCACUGCGGCGAGGCGGGCCCCGUGCAGCACCUCGUGUGCGGCUUCAUGCUGGCCGAGAACAUCUCGCACGGCCUGCUGCUGCGCAAGGUGCCGGUGCUGCAGUACCUGUACUACCUGGCGCAGAUCUACAUCGCGAUGUCGCCGCUCAGCAACAACUCGCUGUUCCUCAACUACCACCGCAACCCGCUGCCCGAGUUCCUCGCGCGCGGCCUCGCCAUCACGCUCAGCACCGACGACCCGCUGCAGUUCCACUUCACUAAGGAACCCUUGAUGGAAGAGUACAGUAUCGCAGCGCAAGUGUGGAAGCUGAGCUCGUGCGAUAUGUGCGAGUUGGCGCGCAAUUCGGUGCUCAUGUCAGGAUUCCCACAUGAGAUGAAGCAGUACUGGCUGGGCCCCAACUACAUGAAGGAGGGCGUCGCGGGCAACGACAUCACGCGCACCAACGUGCCCGAUAUACGCAUCUCCUUCCGCUACGAGACGCUGCUCGACGAGCUCACUAAUAUAUUCAAGGCUUGUCAACCCCCCGGUCAACAGAAUGGAGUGCCAUUACCAACUAAGCGACGGGAAUCCCGUCGAACCCCUCCCCCAGAUUUCUCCGCACCAAUGGUCAGCAUUAAACGACCUUCGCUAGUU